AUAUCCCACAAAAUUAAAACAAACCAAUUUUCUUUUCUUCUUCUUCUCUCUUUUCCACUUCAAAGCUUAGCUGUUCUUCUUUUUCUUCCUCUUUUGAAACCCUAAAAAGGAAAUUUCAAAAUUUAAUAAUUUACAGACGAAUUAGAACAGGAUUUGAAAAACAAACACAAACCCAGAUCAAUUAAAGAAAAACCCAUCAUAUCAAACAAAAAAACGCCGGAAAAUUCGGUGGUUUGAUGGGCCAGCAUUUCCUCAUCCUCCAUUUUUUUCUGCUUCUCCGCCUCCUCUCCUCCGCCGCCGCAGAUGACGGCGCAGUCAUACUCGAACUGGCCACCACCUUAACCCCAUUACCAGCUUCCUGGUCUACAAAAUCCUCAACGGGUUUCUGUGACUGGAAAGGCAUACAAUGUGAUUCAGCCAACAGAGUCACCACUAUAAACCUAGCAAAUCAAGAUCUUUCCGGUAGCUUGCCAAAAGACAUUUCUACCCUUGCCCAGCUCAAAACGCUAUCGCUUCAGGGCAAUAAGCUAUCUGGGGAUCUUCCAAAUCUUGCAAAUUUGAUAAAUUUGCAGUCUUUGUUUCUUGACACUAAUAAUUUCACAUCUGUCCCAGCUGGGUGUUUUAAGGGUCUCACUAGUUUGCAAUCUCUUAGUAUUGGUGAUAAUAAAAAUCUUGCUGCUUGGGAAUUUCCUGUUGAUUUAGCUGAGUCCACUACUUUAACUUCAUUACAAGCUAGUCAAGCUAAUCUUUUUGGUGAAAUUCCUGAUGUUUUUGGUUCUUUGCCUAGUUUGCAGAAUCUUAGAUUGAGUUAUAAUAAUUUUACUGGCAGUUUGCCUGCUUCUUUUGCUAAAUCUGGGAUUCAGAAUCUAUGGCUUAAUAACCAGCAAAAUGGUUUGAGUGGUACUAUUGAUGUUUUAUCUUCAAUGACCCAGUUGUCUCAAGUUUGGUUGCAUAAGAAUCAGUUUACUGGUCCAAUUCCUGAUUUGUCAAAUUGUGAGAAUAUUUUUGAUUUGCAGCUUAGAGAUAAUCAGUUUACUGGUGUUGUUCCUGCUUCUUUGGUUUCGCUUCCGCGAUUGGUUAAUGUUUCGUUGACUAAUAAUAAGUUGCAGGGCCCAUCUCCUGUUUUCCCAUCGUCUGUUACUACGGUUGUGAAUGAUGGGAAGAAUAAUUACUGUGCUGGUUCUGGGACUCCUUGUGAUCCUCAGGUGACUGUGUUGCUUGAGGUUGCGGGUGCUUUUGGGUACCCGAUUAGACUUUCCGAUGAUUGGACUGGGAAUGAUGCUUGUUUGAAUUGGGAUUUUGUUACUUGUGAUCCACAGAAGAAAGUUACUACUGUGAAUUUAGCAAAGCAAGGGUUUUCAGGGACUAUUUCUCCUGCAUUUGCUAAUCUUACUUCUUUGAGGAAUUUGUAUUUGAAUGGUAAUAAUUUGUCUGGCUCUAUUCCUGAUGGCUUAACCAAGCUUCCAAGCCUUCAGGUUCUGGAUGUUUCCAACAAUAAUCUGUCGGGGACUGUUCCAAAGUUCCCGGACACGGUCAAGUUUACCACCAAACCUGGAAACCUUCUGCUCGGUACGCAAAUUAGCCCUAGUGGAAGUCCGGGCUCACCUGGUUCUGAUGGUAGUGUACCAAGCGGGGGCGCUUCUUCUCCAGGUUCAAAAAAUGGCGGUGGAAUAUCAGGAGGUUUGAUUGCUGGCAUCAUUAUACCACUUGUAAUCUUUAUUGCAGUUAUAUCAUUUGUAUUAUAUAAAUAUAAGAAAAGAAAUAAAAGGUAUGGGAAUGUGGAGAAAGAGGGAAGUGAGAAAGCGUUAGGUAAAAUUGGAGGGCCAAGUCGCGUUAAUGGGUAUAACGGGGUGCCUAUGGAAUUGCAAAGCCAGAGUAGUGGUGAUAGCGAUCGUAAGAUGUUCGAGGGUGGGAAUGUUGUAGUGUCGAUGGAAGUUCUUAGACAAGUCACCAAUAACUUUAGUGAAGACAAUAUUAUAGGACGAGGCGGUUUUGGAGUAGUGUAUAAAGGAGAGUUACAUGAUGGUACUAAGAUUGCUGUGAAGAGGAUGGAAUCCUCGGUGAUGGGAACUAAAGGUUUGAACGAGUUUCAGGCUGAAAUUGCAGUACUUUCAAAGGUUAGGCAUAGGCAUCUGGUUGCUCUUCUAGGGUUCUGUGUUAAUGGCCACGAGAGACUCUUGGUUUACGAGUACAUGCCACGCGGAACACUCGGAGAGCAUUUGUUUGAACAUCAAGAACAUGGGUAUCCUCCCCUUACUUGGAAGCAAAGAGUUACUAUUGCACUAGAUGUCGCAAGAGGCGUUGAGUAUCUGCAUAGUUUAGCUCAACAGAGUUUCAUUCAUCGAGAUUUGAAACCUUCAAAUAUUCUUCUUGGGGAUGACAUGAGAGCCAAAGUGUCAGACUUCGGUUUGGUUAGAAAUGCACCUGAUGGAAAAUAUUCUGUGGAAACACGAUUGGCAGGCACAUUCGGAUAUCUUGCACCUGAGUAUGCUGCAACUGGAAGGGUGACAACCAAGGUGGAUGUUUAUGCCUUUGGAGUUGUUCUAAUGGAGAUUAUGACUGGUAGAAAAGCUCUGGAAGAUAACAUGCCAGAUGAGAGGACUCAUCUUGUUACAUGGUUCCGACGGAUCCUAGUCAACAAGGAGAACAUCCCAAAAGCCAUUGAUCAGACUCUCAACCCAGAUGAAGAGACAUUAGCCAGCAUCUACAGAGUGGCUGAGCUAGCCGGACAUUGCACAGCUCGGGAGCCAUAUCAGAGACCCGACAUGGGGCACGCUGUUAAUGUCUUGGGGCCUCUUGUAGAACAAUGGAGACCUACUAGUCAAGAAGAUGAAGACAGUUUAGGCAUUGAUCUCCAUUUGAGCCUUCCUCAAGCUCUGCAAAGAUGGCAAGCUGAUGAAAGUAGUUCUACAUUUGAUUUAUCAUAUACCCAGUCGAGCAUUCCUCCAAAGCCCUUCGCAGAGUCGUUUAAUUCAUCUGAUCUUCGAUGACAAUCUUCAAUGACAAAAUCGAAGAAGAAGAAAGCUUUUUAAAGGGUAUGGUAAAGAAUCGUGCACGAUCCAUCUAUCGCCCGUAACCGCUCUAAGUAUAUCACGGUUUCUGUUGUAUUUAUCGAGUUUGUCAUUUCGUUCGUGAUAUUAAAUUAUUAUUAAGAUUGAUUCUGAGCAGUAGAGCUAUAAGUUGUUUUUAUUGAAUUCUUUGUUCUUAUCCUAUUGAUUGGCUAUGGUGGAUCAGAAAGGCCAUUUCUUCUCCAGCUUUUUUAUUAAAUUUAUUUGGCUCAGGAAAAGGGGAAUGAUGAUAUUGUAAUAUAAUUAAUUUUUCAUAAUUGUUAGUAAGCUUUUUGCUCUCA